AGUGGGAAGUGGUUUGUGGGUUUUUUGUCUAAUUCCUGUUCCCGGGUUCUGCUGGACACGAACCCGAUUUUUUUGCUUGAUAAAACAAGUUGGUUGGGGGGGGGCACGGGGGCAUUUGUGUGUGCGACAACCAGGAUGUGUGUGUGUGAUCUUGACAAUCUCUCGCUCCACCCCAGCAGGCGGGGGGGCAUCUGGGCCUGGCGCUGCAUUUCUUCCAUCCAUGUUCUGCUCAAAUCAGCUCCAUUUCGCAAGCGAGCUGGGGAUUUCUGUAAACGGGGGCAUGUGUCACACACACGCCACAACCACACGGACACACACCGAAACACACACAUUCCAAGGCCAGAAGGUAUCUUGUGACCUUCCAGCCUGGCCUGAUACAACAGGCCAGAGAAAGUCUCCACUCUGCUCCCAGAGCUGGGGAGAGAACCCAGGCGUCCUGGCUCCCCGGCUCCCCCCCCAACCACUAGACCCCACUUCCCUCGCAGAGCUGGGGUGAGAACCCAGGCGUCCUGGCUCCCCGGCUCCCCCCCCCAACCACUAGACCCCAUUUCCCUCACAGAGCUGGGGAGAGAACCCAGGCGUCCUGGCACCCAGUCCCCUCAUUCUAACCACUCCUAUUCUGGUGCUGUAACAGGGCAUCACCCCAGGAUUCUGCACCCCAUAAAAGCCCGUGGGGCGCCCCAGCUGGGCCAGAGCCAUGUUCUGGGGGGGGACACACACCCUCCUUCCAUGGCGGCCUGGCCCCAGGGGCGGGAGCAGGGCUGGAAAGCCCCGGCCAUCUGGCUCCUCGCGGGCCCUCAGAAAGCCCCAGUAGAAGAGCUGUUAUCCUCCACUGGCAUUGGCCACAAGGGGGCGACAUGACGCAGGGUCACUGCCCCACACAGGACCAUCCACCCCCCUCCCCCAAACCCUGUGGCAGCCCCCACAGGGUAACCCCCAGCUGUCCCUCCCCAGGCAGACCCCCCCAGCUGUUCCCCCCCAACCCAUUUCCUGCCGAUGCUCUAACUACCCCGCCUCCCUCUGGGAGCCCCCCAAGGGAACAACCCAACCAGACCCCCCGCCCCAGGGGGACCCCCCCAGGACCCCCUGCUGUUUCUCCCCCAGAUACCGCCUACCCAUCUCCCCUAAGAGCCCCCACGAGGUAACCCCCCAGCCCCUCCCAGUGGGGACCCCCAGCACCCCCGAUGUUUAUCCCCCAGAUUACCCCCCCCCCGGCUCUAGCCCACCUCCCCGAAGAGCCCCCGCCCCACUCCUGAGAUCCCGGGCCCAGCCCCGCAGCCGGAGGGAGGGGGGGGAAGGGGUGUGUCCCAGGCGUGGACGAGGUGUGGGGGGGGAGGUUCUUAAGGCGGCCCCGGCGGGGGACGGCAGCACACAUCAGCCAGAGGCAGGACGGGGCGACGGCGCCGGGGUCGCAGGUUCGAGCUCCGAAGCCAUGGAGUCUGUGUGGGGCUGCAUCCUGCUGGGGGCGCUGCUGAGCCAAGCGGCUGCCCUGCGAUGUUAUUCUUGUGAUGGGGACCGGAGCUGCCAGGAGAUGGAGGACUGUGGGGAGCAGCAGGGACAGUGUCGCACAACUGCCCUCACCAUGAUCUCCCGCUCCGGGGUCUCCGAUCGGAUCCAGAAGGGCUGCGACGUGCAGGGGAAACCCAACAACUCCAUCUCCUUCGUCUCCCACGGGCAGAUUGUGAUGCUGGCGGAAGAGCACUGCGCUACCGACCUCUGCAACCAGGGGGUGCCCAAGGGUCAGUCCAUGGAGCCGGCGGGGUCCUUCCCCUCCAGUCUGUUCGCCCUCCCCCGGGGGGUCCCGUUGUCCCCUGCUCACCCCGCCUCUCUCCCCCCCACAGCCCUGAGCUCCUUCCCCUCCAACGCCAGCCUGGAUUGCCUCUCCUGCUCCUCCUCCGACCACUCCUGCUCCAGCCCCUCCUUGAUGCGGAUCCGGUGCCUGGACCCCCGGGAGCAGUGCGUGGACAUCACAGCCAUCUCCAUGCCCGAUGAGUUUCCCCAGGACGAGCGGCGCAUCAAAGGCUGCGGGCAGAUCUCUCGGUGCCAGGAGCCCCUGGGCUUCCACAACCAGGACAGCUUCUACCUGCUGCAAUGCUGCAACUCCAGCCUGUGCAAUAAUGAUGCCCACGAUUACCAGGAAUCCCCCCUGCCCCUGAACGGAGUCACCUGCUUUGCCUGCGAAGGGAACUCCAGCCAUGGCUGCACCCCAGAAAACAUCACCCGGUUGCAGUGCCAGGGGCCCAUGACCCACUGCAUGGAGGCUGUGGGGAGCCAUGCGCUGAGGGGGCCGGGCGCCAUGCUGAAGGGCUGUGCCACCCCGGCCUGGUGCGAUGCCCCCUACACCUCCAUCUACAAGCGCCUGGCCGGGGUGCAGGCCCGCUGCUGCCAGGGCAACUUCUGCAACAGCCGGAUCCAGGCGGGCGCCCUCCCCCCGGCCAGGAGGAGCCGGGCCGGCCGCAGGCUCGGGGCCCAGCCAGCCCUGCUCUACGGCGCUGCCCUCCUGGCCCUGCUCGUCCUGCUGCCCCGCAGCUCCUGAUGCCCCGCGGGGAGACCGAGAGCGGGGCAGCUGGGAGCCAGGACUCCUGGGUCCUCUCCCCAGCUCGGGGAGGGGAGGGGGGAUCUCGUGGUUCGAGCAGGGUGGGCUGGCAGUCCAAUGAAUCUGUUCUCCCCACGCACACGCUGCGUGAGCCACCCCUGUUCCCCUGGGAUACCUCCAUGGAUUUGAAGGUUCAUAAUUUAUUUUCCCAUUAGGCUAAGGCCUGUCCGACUCAGUCCAUCCGCUGGGGUCCCUCCCCAGCCCCUCACCCCUCUGCUGGCAGCUGACAGGCUGUGACCCUGUUUUAUUAUUAUGAUGAUGGUUAUUUUAUUCUAAUUUAUGGUGCUUUUGUUAUUUCAUUAAUAAACUUUAUUUUAUUGUAA